UGGGAGGGCGGAAGGUUUGAACGAUCAAGGCCUGUGGCUGUUGAUAGUCUUCCUUCGAGGCUGUAAUUUCGACCCGCUGAGGAGAGAAGUGGUAAACCCUAACCCCGUCCUAUCCAGUCAAGAAGCAGAAUUGCGACUGACCCCGCCACUCACCCACUUCCCUUUCUCCUGAAGAGUCCAGUCGGAGCCCCACAAACGGAAGUUUAAGGGACCUAAUUGACAUUGUCGCAAAUUAGAAGACUUGAAUUCUUUCCGGUUAGGAGUCACGAACUGUGUGGCCUCAAACAAGUUAAGCCUUCUUUCAAUUUCCUCCUUAAAGUCCGGGGGUUACCUCUCGUAGUCGGAGGCGAUGUCUGCAGAACUCUUUUCAUCAAGAGAGGAAGGAAGUCCUGGAUUAGGACCCAGUUUUAGGUCCCAUCAGAGAAAGAUAUUAAAUCUGCUUCUGGAGAGAGACACUUCCUUUACUAUCUGCCCAGAUCUUCCUAGAACUCCAGUGGACAAACUCUUUGGUGAUUCUGCAAACCUAAACAUUUUGUUUGAAGAAACCCCAAAACGUUGCCUUGAUCUUUCGAAUCUUAGCAGUGGGGAGUUGUCUACCACCCGCCUUACCACUCUUGCAGACCUUGAUGAAACUGGUAGGGAGAAGAGAGGUCAUUUGGAUUCUUCAGGACCUCAGGAAAUACAGACAGCUCGAAUAAAUCAUCACCAGCACCUUGUAAAAUGCAGCCCAGCACAGGUGCUUUGUAGCACUCCGAAUGCUUUGGACCACGGCGACAGGAAGAAAGAUGCAAUAUGUAGCUCAUCUACAAAUAAAGAAAAUGAAAACAACACUUUCAAGCCCUUGGAAUCGUGGACACCCAGGAACCUCAACUUUCAAACGAGACGAGGGGGACCUUACGUGUCUCCCCUUUCUCUACUGGACAAUGGAAACUUGGUGAAAAGUGAAAUGAAAUAUCUGGGCAGUCCUAUCACUGCAGUUCCAAAAUUAGAUAAAAACCCAGAACAAAGAGAAGACCAGGCAAAGGAGAUUUUAGGUGAAUCGAUGGAGUUUUCUCUGGAAGAUCAAGAAGAGGCCAAGGAUUUAUGUCUAAAGAAAGUCUCUCUCUGUGACAUUAAUAUCACUCAGAUGCUAGAGGAAGAUCCUAAUCAAGGGUACCUGACUGGUGAUUUCUCUAAGGUAUGUGCGCUGCCAACCAUGUCAGGGAGACACCAAGAUCUGAAGUACAUCAACCCAGAAACAGUAAGCAGAUUUCUGGAGAUGGUGGCUGCCUUACUGUUGGGGAAAUUCCAGGGUCUGAUUGAGAAGUUUUAUAUCAUCGAUUGCCGCUAUCCGUAUGAGUACCUGGGAGGACAUAUUCAGGGAGCCUUAAACUUAUACAGUCAGGAAGAACUGUAUAACUUCUUUCUGAAGAUGCCUAUUGUCCCUUUGGAUACACAGAAAAGAAUAAUCAUCGUGUUCUACUGUGAAUUCUCCUCAGAGAGGGGUCCCCGAAUGUGCCGCUCUCUGAGAGAAGAGGACAGGGCCCUGAACCAGUAUCCUGCAUUAUACUAUCCUGAGCUGUAUAUCCUCAAAGGGGGCUAUAGAGACUUCUUUCCAGAAUAUAAGGAGCUGUGCGAACCACAGAACUACUGUCCUAUGCAUCACCAAGACCAUAAGGCUGAGCUGCUGAGGUGUCGAAACCAGAGCAAAGCAUGGGAAGAGGAACGGCAGCUGCAGGAGCAGAUUGCCUUGCUGGUGAAGGACGUGAACCCAUGAUAAUAGAUCAGCUGCUGGCUGCCUAGGAGUCACCAAGACAUUGUAAAAACUCUGGGCAGAAAGAGGUCAUCUUCCAUGUGGCUGAACCCAAGAUUGUUCGAAGAUGUCUGUAAACCAACAGUCUGCCAAACUGAUGAAAUCCUAGGCCCGGGGAUUGAUUAGGUUUCGGUAGAGCUGCUGGCUGGUGGUGAAGUCCUGGAACUGACUCUAAGGCUGUAGCCUUGGGUUGCACUGUGAGGGAGCAUUUGUCUUCUCUUCUCAGCUACUUAUGUCUUUGCACAGCCAGCCAGCUCUUUCUCUGGGCUUCUGGCUAUAAAAGAGAGUUGCCCACCUUUUUUCUCUGUGUUUCCCUUCUCUGUUUCCCUCUCUUUUUCUCAAAUGGGAAAAUAAAUAUUGUAGAAUGAGAAAUGCAGAAUAAUA